GUCAUAUUUCCUCCUCAAAAACAAAACAGAGACAAUUUACAGUCUCCUUCUCUCAAUCUGGAAGUUUACGGAUUUGGUGAUUUUCUUUUAGGGAAAAAGAGAUUCAUACCUCUAUUUUGGCCAAUUUAAAUUUGUUGGGUGAAUACACAAUGAUUAAAGUUUCAUCUGCCCAAAAACUUGCAGCAAAGUUGCUGGUUCUGUUAUUUUUCGUUUUUGUAUCAGUUGCAGAGGCAAGAAUUAGAUACUAUAAAUUUGAGAUAAAGUAUGAAUACAAAUCUCCUGAUUGCUACAAGAAAUUAGCUAUUACUAUAAAUGGAAGAACUCCAGGUCCUACGAUCUUAGCUCAACAAAACGACACUGUCAUCGUUGAAGUCAAGAACGGUUUGUUAACUGAAAAUACUGCAAUCCAUUGGCAUGGAAUAAGACAGAUUGGAACUCCUUGGUUUGAUGGAACUGAAGGGGUUACUCAAUGCCCAAUUUUGCCUGGAGAUACUUUCAAAUAUCAGUUUGUUGUUGAUAGGCCCGGGACAUACUUGUACCAUGCCCACUAUGGUAUGCAAAGAGAAGAAGGGCUCUACGGAGCAAUCCGAGUAUCCUUACCGGACGGACAAUCGGAACCUUUCGCCUACGAUUAUGACAGGAGCAUUAUCCUUAAUGAUUGGUAUCACAAAAGUGCUUAUGAACAAGCAACUGGAUUGGCUUCUGUUCCCUUUCAAUGGGUUGGAGAGCCUGAUUCACUCUUAAUACAAGGGAAAGGAAGAUUCAAUUGCUCUACUCCUGGCAUUGCCUCUAGUCUUUGCAAUGCUACUAAUCCUGAAUGCUCUCCCUAUUUUAUGACUGUUGUUCCCGGUAAAACAUAUCGCCUGAGGGUUUCUAGCUUAACCGCAUUAUCAGCUCUUAGUUUCCAAAUUGAGGGACAUAAUAUGACUGUUGUUGAAGCAGAUGGGCACUAUGUUGAACCAUUCGUCGUACAAAACCUGUUCAUAUACUCUGGCGAGACGUACUCUGUUUUAGUAAAAACAGACCAAAAUCCUUCAAGAAAUUAUUGGAUGACAACAAAUGUUGUUAGUAGAGAACCCAAAACUCCACUAGGCCUAGGCAUCUUCAACUACUACCCAAACCAUCCUCGUCGAUCUCCAGCAACAACUCCGCCGCCCGGCCCAGUGUGGAACGACACUGAGCCAAGAUUCGAGCAAAGUGUAGCCAUCAAAGCUCAUAAAGAUCACAUUCACACCCCUCCCAGAAUGCCACAUAGAACAAUCGUAAUGUUAAACACACAAAAUCUCGUAAAUGAGUAUUAUAGAUGGUCAGUAAACAAUGUUUCGUUUAACCUGCCGCACACUCCUUACCUUAUAGCACUUAAGAAAAACUUAACCCACGUAUUUAGCCAGGUUUCGCCUCCUACCGGAUAUAAUUAUAGCAGUUAUGAUAUUUAUACUGUUCCAGAAAACACAAAUGCGACAAUUAGUGAUGCCGUUUAUAGGCUGCAGUUCAACACAACAGUUGAUAUUAUCCUACAAAACGCUAUAUCUAUGAACAACAAGACCAGCGAGACCCAUCCAUGGCAUCUUCAUGGACAUGAUUUUUGGGUUCUAGGGUAUGGAAAAGGCAAAUUUGACAUGUACAAUGAUCAGAAGAAUUUUAAUUUGGAAAACCCAAUUAUGAAAAAUACUGUGGCUGUGCAUCCUUAUGGCUGGACUGCUUUGAGAUUUGUCGCGGAUAAUCCAGGCGCAUGGUUAUUUCAUUGCCAUAUUGAAUCUCAUUUUUUCAUGGGAAUGGGAGUUGUUUUUGAAGAAGGGAUUGAAAGAGUUGGGAAAUUGCCAUCCUCUAUUAUGGGUUGUGGAGAGACUAAAGGUUUCCAUAAGCCAUAGAUAGUAACUUUGAAAUGUAUAAAUGGGAUCUUUUUUUUUUUUUUUUUUUUUUUUUUUUUUU